CGUCUCAACACACGCCGGGAAUGUCACUCUCUGGCAGGACCCAGCCCUACGGUAUCGCGUGGUGGAUUGUUGCCGCUCGAGCCCCUGUUGGAGUCUUGGAGACAACCCCACGGUCCCCACCCGGCUCCGAUGGCGGGGCGUGGCGGGGCAUGGGCGACGGCGACAAAAAGUUCAAACACCGAGUCCUGAUCGGGGAAGACUGACUCACCUGUUUGGAGAUAUAUUCCCUAGAUUCCCCCGGUUAUUGGAAGCUUGUUCUGUCAAACAAUACGGCAGUCGGCCAAAUAAUACCACAGAAACCACCCACCAUGUCUCAAUUGCCAACAAAGAACUGCGGCGUCCUGGGCUGCACUGGCUCAGUCGGCCAGCGCUUCAUCUUGCUGCUCCAGCAACACCCGUCGCUACGUCUCGUAGCCGUCGGCGCGUCGUCACGAUCCGCCGGCAAGAAGUACCGCGACGCCGUGCGGUGGAAGCAGGCGAGCCCCAUCUCACCCGAGAUCGGCGACCUGGUGGUGCGCGACUGCAAGGCGAGCGAGUUUGCCGACUGCGACAUCGUCUUCAGCGGGCUCGACAGCGACGUGGCGGGGGAGAUCGAGAAGGAGUUCCAGCACGCCAACAAGGCCGUCUUCUCCAACGCCAAGAACUACCGCCGCGACCCCCUCGUGCCGCUCGUCGUGCCGACCGUCAACCUCAACCACCUCGACCUGAUCCCGCACCAGCGCAAGACGAACAACCUGGAAAAGGGCUUCCUCGUGUGCAACAGCAACUGCGCCGUCAUCGGGCUGGUCAUCCCCUUCGCGGCACUGCAGGCCAAGCUCGGCCGGAUCGACACCGUCUCGGUGGUGACCAUGCAGGCGGUGUCGGGGGCGGGGUAUCCCGGCGUGAGCAGCAUGGACGUCAUCGACAACGUGGUGCCGUUCAUCCCCGGGGAGGAGGACAAGCUGGAGACGGAGGCGCAGAAGAUCCUGGGCAGCAUCAACGCCGAGGCGACGGCCGUCGAGGACCAGUCGACGCUGCGCGUGUCGGCCGCAUGCAACCGCGUCCCCGUGAUGGACGGUCACACCGCAUGCGUGUCACUGCGCUUCGCGCAGCGCCCGCCGCCAACGGCCGAGCAGGUCAAGGAGGCCAUGCGCAGCUACGUCUCCGACGCCCAGAAGCUGGGCUGCCCCUCGGCCCCGGAGCCGUCCAUCAUGGUGUUUGACGAGCCUGACAGGCCGCAGCCCCGGCUGGACCGGGACUUGUCCAAGGGUUAUACCGUCAGUGUGGGCCGCGUCCGCGAGGACGAGAGUGGCAUUUUCGACAUCAAGUUUGUCGCCUUGAGUCACAACACUGUCGUCGGUGCUGCCGGCUCCUCCAUCCUUAACGCUGAAGCCGCCGUUCUGAAGGGCUUUAUCUGAGUGCAUGUAAAGACACCCAUGGGGAUACAUUCAGCACCGGAGUUAGGUGCGAGGGUUUAAAAAGGUCGGCAGGCAGUCGUAUACCCUACGUGUU